AAGAAGACACAUUGUCAAUCACUGGUGCUUGUCAAGGAUUUGGGAUGCGUUGUUCGUUUUUCGCAAUGUUUUUCGUCUUAUGGGGAUUAAUUCCGCGGGAUAUUCUACAGAAGAUUGCGGGACUGGCCGCUACACUGGGAGCUACACAAAUAUUUGAGAUUAUCACACAGUGAGCUGGGUACGAGAGAUCCAAGAUGGUGGACAGACAAAUUGCAAAACCCACCGACAAGUCGCGUAGCAUCAAGUUGCUCUACGUGUAGCCUAUGUACUUGGAUACCACUUCCAGUCGACGAAUGCAGCGCCUGUUGUGGAUUUUGGUUUCUUUUUUCACAUUUGGACACGAAGUACCGUCACCAGGAUUUUCGUUAUUUCAAGUGGGAAUUUGAAGAAGAAUCUUCAUGUGACCGCCUCAGGUGCUACACAAAUGUGAAGUUUAGUUCAGACAGCACGCACGUACAAGUGUCGGUAACAGCGGUCCUAACGAAAUGGCAGAAAAUGUGAAUGAAGCUCUGGUUCUUGCUGCUGGGGAUGGGUCACUCCGAGGCGUUAAAGCGGCUUUGAAAGCUGGUGCAGACAUUGACUUCUAUGAACCGGACAGCGAUGGCACAGGCCCUAAACCCAUCCCGCCAUGUACAGCAUUGCACUUAGCUUGUAUCAUGGGACAUGUGGACGUAGUGAGGCUGCUGCUCCGCAAAGGGGCGUCAGUGGUGAAGAGAGACAGAGCUUCAUUUGCCCCCCUUCAUUCAGCAGUGUCGAAAGGGUGGAUAAAAGUGGUGGAAGUGCUGUUGCAGCAUGGUGCAACAGUAGACAUACGGGACGGCUUCCAGAACACACCACUCAUGGCCGCAUGUAGCUACAACCAUGUCGACAUAGUUCGGUUACCGAUUGAGUUUGGAGCAAGGCCUGAUGUGGACGACGGUUACAUAGCCGAGAGGUUAAAGGUAGAAGCCGAAAACCGUGUCUUUGCGGAAGAGAGUUUGAAGCUGUUGGAAGAGGCGAGGAAGUCCAAGCUGUUGAGGUGUUGCAACCCUAAGUGUCACAAACCAGACUACAGGAAAAACCUGAAGCUGUGUGCCGGAUGCAAGUUGACACGCUACUGCAGCCGUGACUGUCAGAAACAACACUGGUCUGUCGGACACAAGAAGUGCUGUGGGCAUGACGUGUACUCUGACGAGCAAGCAGACCCCUUCCAGAAAAUGACUGUGCAAUUGACAAAACAACUCCUAGAACAGGCAGACCAAAUGUGACGGGACCCCGCACAUUUUUUUUACAACUUUUUCAUCUUGACACAAGUCAGUUAACGAUAUGAAAUGGCUUAUCAUUCCAUACAAAGAAUUGUUGAGCACACAAUGCCGGUACAUCCAUAUCAAAUGUAGUUUAUGGCUACAAGACAAAUCGCAUAAUACUGCAAAUCCCAAGCAUUCUACUCUUUCUCGCCAUGGUUAAUGAUGUUGGCGUCUUUGCAUGUAAAGACGUUUUUCAAACACGUAUUCUGUCCAAAUGGUCAUUAGGUUUUAUAAGACCAUCGAUGUAAUAUGGUCACGGGUAAUUAGAUUUUUUACAAAGCAAUUUUGCAGUAACCACAUUCUUUUUCUAUCUGUUGUUAGAGCAAAUAUGUCAAGUCACGCGUUAUGUUAUAUUUUCGCUGAAUCAUGUUUCAUCAAAUAAAUGUAACAUUCAACUGAACCAAGGAGGUUGAAUCGUACAAAGUAUGGACGUAAGAAGUUACAACAGUACUUACCGAAAAGGCUUGCAAUAUAGCGCACCGAGAAACACUUGUCAAGAAUUAGCAGAAGAUGUGUCACAAAUGUAAGGGAUAUAAACCUAAGUUCCACCGUGAAAAUUUAAUCCGACACUUUAGCAUGCACGUUGAUUCAGUUGCAGAAUUGUACCAUCGCUGGUUUCAGAACAGCCAAAUGGCCAUACAUAAUUAUAUGGAUAAAGCAUCACAUUUGUGUCAAGUUUAUCACUUGUACAUAUUCUUUUUCAUUUGGACUUUUCAUCAUGGACUUUUGUACCAUUGAGUACUCAAUUACAUUUUUGGCUCAUAAA